GGUCUGUUCCUGGAGCUGCAGGAGGACUCACUGCUCAGACUGCUGGGGUCUGUUCCUGGAGCUGCAGGAGGACUCACUGCUCAGACUGCUGGGGUCUGUUCCUGGAGCUGCAGGAGGACUCACUGCUCAGACUGCUGGGGUCUGUUCCUGAAGCUGCAGGAGGACUCACUGCUCAGAGGACUCACUGCUCAGUCUGCUGGGUCUGUUCCUGGAGCUGCAGGAGGACUCACUGCUCAGUCUGCUGGGUCUGUUCCUGGAGCUGCAGGAGGACUCACUGCUCAGUCUGCUGGGUCUGUUCCUGAAGCUGCAGGAGGACUCACUGCUCAGACUGCUGGGUCUGUUCCUGAAGCUGCAGGAGGACUCACUGCUCAGUCUGCUGGGUCUGUUCCUGGAGCUGCAGGAGGACUCUUUGUUGUCUCUGCAUGUUGGGAUCAGGAGCAGAGAGUCCGGGGCUGCCUCGCGCUGCAGGGGAUGGUACACAGAGGAGGGGGGCGACAGUCUGCUGAGGGGAAGUUCAGACGACAGUGUUUCUAUCCAUGGAGAGUUUUUACAACCAGAGCAAGAAACAGGUCCAGCAGAACCAGCAGACUCAGCACCAGGUGGUCACAGCUGGAGCAGACAGCCCCGGUCCGGAUGGAGGUCUCAGUCUGCGCGCGCUCACCGGCUGCGUCCUGUGCGUCCUGAUAGUCUCCACCCUGCUGGGGAACACUCUGGUGUGCGCCGCGGUCAUCAAGUUCCGCCACCUGCGCUCCAAAGUCACCAACUCGUUCGUGAUCUCCCUGGCGGUGUCGGACCUGUUCGUGGCGGUGCUGGUGAUGCCCUGGAGGGCGGUGUCCGAGGUGGCCGGCUUCUGGCUGUUCGGGCGCUUCUGCGACACCUGGGUGGCCUUCGACAUCAUGUGCUCCACGGCGUCCAUCCUCAACCUGUGCAUCAUCAGCAUGGACCGCUACUGGGCCAUCUCCAGCCCCUUCAGGUACGAGCGCAAGAUGACGCGCAGGUUCGCCUUCCUGAUGAUCGGCGUGGCGUGGACCCUGUCCAUCCUCAUCUCCUUCAUCCCGGUGCAGCUCAACUGGCACCGCGCGGACUCGGACAACUCCACAGCGGAGAACCCGGAGGACUGCAACGCCAGCCUGAACAAGACCUACGCCAUCUCCUCGUCCCUCAUCAGCUUCUACAUCCCCGUGGUGAUCAUGGUGGGGACGUACACGCGCAUCUUCCGCAUCGCCCAGACGCAAAUCCGACGCAUCUCCUCUCUGGAGAGGGCGGCAGGGCACCGCGCGCAAAACCGCCACCACCGCGCGUCAACGCACGACGAGAGCUCCCUGAAGACCUCCUUCAAGAGAGAAACCAAGGUGUUGAAGACCCUGUCCAUCAUCAUGGGGGUCUUCGUGUGCUGCUGGCUGCCCUUCUUCGUCCUGAACUGCGUGGUGCCGUUCUGUGACCUGGACGAACUGGGAGAGCCGCCGUGCGUCAGCGACACCACCUUCAGCAUCUUCGUGUGGUUCGGCUGGGCCAACUCGUCCCUGAACCCGGUCAUCUACGCCUUCAACGCGGACUUCAGGAAGGCCUUCUCCACCAUCCUGGGCUGCAGCAAAUACUGCUCCAGCUCCACGGUGGAGGCGGUGGACUUCAGCAACGAGCUGGUGUCGUACCACCACGACACCACCAUGCAGAAGGAGGCCUGCGCCUUGCCGGGCCCCGGGUCGCAGAGACUCAUCCCCCCGCCUCCUCCGCCGCCGCCACUCAUCGGAGCGGACCUGGAGCAGGACUUUGACAAAGUCUCUAUCAUCUCAGAGGACCCCAGGAACCAGAGGAACCUCCUGCUGCCCGCCAUGCUGCGGUACGAGUGCGAGGCGGAGAUCUCUCUGGACAUGCUGCCCUUUAACUCAUCCGGACCGGCAGACUGUUACGUGAUUCCGGGUCAGAUCCAGGACCUGUGAGAAACCCUGAGACCUUAAAGUGAUCUUUCAUACAUCUGGGACCUCAUUUAAUUAACCUUUGACCUCCUGCUGCUUGACACCUCAAAGGAGGAAGUUCUUACAGCUUUUUAUCUUGUGCCCUUUCAAAAUAAAGUGCAGGUUUUAUUGUGGUAACAAACACAGUGAUGAUCUUUCCUCGUGCAAAAAAACAAACUUACAUAGAAAGAGUUUCAGAUAAUGUUCUUGUUUCUACCUUCAUGCCCUGCAGGGUUUUUCUUGAGACCUCUUUGGGGGCCUCCACCUCCAGGUUUGGAACCACGUAACCCACUGACUUUUUCC